GCCCCACUAUGUUUUGCAAACAAGUCAACAAAAAUUGUCCUGGCUGGUGAUAAGCAACAGGUUGGACCUCAACUACUUGUUCUUGGUGAUCAACCACGAAAAGAAGGAUUUUCAAUCUCUCUGCUAGAGCGGUUGGAGAAUGAAUACAACAAUUUUGGAAUUAGCGCAGAUUCCUAUAUUGCCAGACUGGAAACUAAUUUUCGAUGUCAUCCUGACAUUCUCCACUUAGCCGGAAAAUUAUUUUACAAUUGUUCACUAAAGUCUGAUGUAAAACCUGAGUCAACACACCCAGAUGCACCUUUCCCAUUGGUCUUUAUAUGUUCAGAUAUUAUUCAUCCCCAUCCAAGUGAAAAUCCUAUCAACGAAUUAGAAGCUAAAAUUGUUGUUGAACAACUUAAAAAGUUUGGUUCAGGAUGGCCACAGGAUUGUUGGGGAGCCAAGUUAGAUCCAUCACAGAUUUGCCUGAUGAGCCCCAGUAGGACACAGCUGAAUAAAAUUGAUGAAACUCUUGUUAGAGAUGAAAUGAUGGUUUCAAAAGUACUACAAAAAGUUGAAAGAUGCCCUUCCUAUAAUGUG